UGUGCAGCAUGGACGUUGCCUCUACUGCUUCAAGCAUUCUUUCUGAAAUGCACUUUCCGCUACUUGUCCGUAGCUUUCGGCAUGCCAGUGAAUCGCCGUACCUUGGUAUCAAGACCCAAACAGAUUCGAAAGUUAUCCCUAGAUUGUAAUCAAAAUGCUGGCGGUGCGAUGGUGAAAGCCGACCAAUGCAACAUCUUGGGCAUCUUUAACGGCUGUCAGAGACAUGCAAACUGUCGCAGCCAUCUCAAUAUUCCUUUGAACCCUCUUGUUUCAUGGUAUUUCAGGAAGCGAUUUGUUUUUGUGUUCCUUAUGUACAAUUUUUAUCGGUUAACCGCCCGAAAAUACUGACACUCCAUUGGGACAAUUGUAAAACGCUAAUAAGUUUCUCCACUAUUCGCGAUGUUGUACAAAAUGACCAGGCCACGUAAUCUCUCUGUGUCUCACAUUGCUAAUAAACAUCCCCUUUAUUUUCUUUAUUUAUACAUA